UAUUUUUCUUUUAGGAAGGCAAGGUAGGACUUAGGAGGAGUUCUUAGCAUGCAAGGAAGGAUCCACUUCCUAUGCAUGCAAAGCAAAGUGAGAUUAAGACAGAACAAUUAAAAGGAAAUUAUAAUUAAAUGUCUGCCAGAACCCUUCUCUCCUGUUGAUUUCUGUCAUUUUAUUCUGUUUUUUUUUUUUGGUCGCUUUAUCCUCUCUUUCUUUCUCCUGGUUGCGUUCCGGGACUGGAUAGAACUAUGGAGCUUUGCGUUGAAAAAAAGGGAGUUUUUUUGGUCAUAUUGUCGAAGAAGAUGUUAUGGAAGAAUACUUAAAAUUUAGUAGAAAUUCUGAUAAAAAAAAUCAGUUUUUCUUCCUCGAGUCAGUAUUUCUGUGAGGAUUUCUGUCGGAAUUAACAAGUGGAAGGGGAAAGGGGGAAAGUGCGAAUGGGAAAGCACGGACCUUGCUGCCAUUGUGGAGUCACAAGCACUCCUCUCUGGAGGAAUGGACCGCCCGAGAAACCAGUAUUAUGCAAUGCAUGUGGUUCCAGAUGGAGAACCAAGGGUUCCUUGACAAACUAUAUACCACUGCAUGCCCGAGAAGCUUUUGAUACUGCUGAGUUAAAAGUGCCAAAAGUAAUAGCAUUCAGAUCCAAUGAACAGAAGUUGCAUAAAAACAAUCAAAACAAAUGGAAAUUUGAAAGUGAAUGUGAAAUGCAAUAUUACGGUCAGAAUUUCUGCAAGUUCAUCGAGGGUGAUACAAGCAAUCGUUCAAGUUCUGGGUCAGCUGUAUCAGGUUCAAACAGCUGUUUGCACUACGGCACUGAUGAUGCCAGCAAUAUAACAGUUUCCAUUCCAGGUUCGGUGCAAUCAAAUGCCUGUGAUUCACUGAUUCCUUCUAAGAAGAGAUCAUUUGUUACUCGUCCGAAGCUUUCUGUUGAGAAACUAAUAAAAGAAUUAUAUUCCAUAUGGCAUGAAGAGCAGGCUUCUAAUCUGUCUAUAAACUCAGAAGAUGAUCUGCUUUAUAGCUGCAGUACCCCACUCGGUUCAAUUGAGAUUGGGUAUGGAAGCGUACUCAUUAAAACUGCUAGCUCAAAAUCAGUAGAAGAGGAAUCAGAGGCUAGCUCAUUUCCAGUGGAUAAAUCAUACAAUACCAAUUAUGCAUUGUCUAAGAAGAUUGACGGAGAAAGUGACAGACCAAUCACUCAAAAUCUUGCUGGCCUUUCCGAUUUGUCGUCUCUUAAAAGGAAGCAUGAGAGGCAAAACCAGAUCCAUUCAGAUUUGAAAGGCACUGCAAGAAGCCCCAAAAGAGUGCGCCAUUCUGGGGACGAUAGCCCACCUUCAAAAUGCUUAACUCAGCUGGAUUCCAGUCAUGAUGCAGCUUGCUUCAGUCCUAGAAGAGUUUCUGCAGUUCUUCCUGACAAGAGCUCUACCUUUUCAUCUCCAACGCAGUUCAUCGCCGACAGCUGUGAAAGUAAAAUGCUUCUUAAUGUGCCUACAAACACAUCAAUUGCUGAAGCAGAACUGCUGUACCAUCCAUGGAAGAAGAAAACAAACCGAAAUGGAUCGCCGAGUGUAGUUGACAUGUGAUGGCAUGGGCUAUAGUUUGUUUAUCUUAUAGCCUGGCAAGAUAGUUCUAAUACAAUUCAGAGUUAAAGAGCAUUUCAUAUUUUGUAUAAACAGUGUGAUGGAUUGGAGUUACAGAGUUGUUCUGUAUAGCCAAUAAAAAGAAUGCAAUAAAAUAGAGCUCUAUAAUAACUGCAGAGUGUGAAUAA